CCGACACACCCGUGGCAUGUCUGGUCGCGAUCAUUCUGGCGUGCGACGGCAUUCGGACAUUGCAAUUUCAACUGGAGCUGGGGGGGACCGUCACAAGUCGUGUGAGUGGCGAGACGUUGCGAAUUGAAAGGUCGCGAGAUCCAAUUCGUCGAACAACAGCAGAGAUGGCGGACGUGGACUCGAGCGGCGGUGUGCCGGCGGUGGCGCCAGUCGCUGCGUCCAAGAACGCGCAGGUCAUCAAAGUGUACAUGCCGACGUACAUCAUGGCCCCGACAGAAGACGAACGAUUUCGUCGCAAAACCGUAUGUGCAAUCGUAUCGGAAUGUCUGGUGAAAGAGCUCGAGAACAAAGAGUACGACGAGGACGACGCCAAGGUCUGGGCAACCGCGAUCGCGGACGCUGUGAAAAAUCGCAUUCGCACGGAAUGCAACUUUCCUCGGUACAAAAUCAUCGUGCAAACAUUUGUGGGCCAGCAAAAGCUCCAGGACGUCCGCAUUGCGUCGCGGUGCCUCUGGGACAACGACCACGACAAUCACGCGUCGGCCGAGUUUGCUAACCAAUCGAUUUGGGCCACGUGCAUUGUGUUUGGAAUGUACUCGGAUUAAGCCUUUACCAAGCGCGACGAACCGCCCACGACUGGACCAUGGCGCAGGCCCCCAUAUCGUGCAUUCGACACCUACGUUAGAGAUCGAGCCCAAGUGGUGCAUUCCCUCGAAACCGAACAUGACCGUAUUCACA